UCCGUAGUCCUCAUCUGGCGGUAAACAGUAACCAGGGAGACGACAGCACGGCGGUGUGGACCCACUGCCUGACUAGCUCCUAAAACACUGCCGAAGACAGCACGGCGUGGCCUGACCAGCCCUCCGGACACGGGGAAGUGAGCUGAGUGGUAUUAGUGCCGCAGCCAAGGGACUGGCACGGGGAGAGUGGCAGUGACUGGUACGCAGGCACGGGCAGAGUGGCAGUGAGUCCAGUGACUGGUACACAAGGAACAAAGAAAAAUAUACUAGCACAAGUCAGUGGAACCAAAGAAUGUAGAAAAAAACCACAGUGAAGUAACUAAAUGUGCGUGUAAAGUAUCUAAAUGUGAAGAGGAACCAAGGAGGACCUGAGGAGCGAUACAAAGUGGAACAGCUCAAAAGAAGAAAAAGAAGAGGAUAUAGAUGAAAGCAUUUACAAUUGGUGUUUUCAUAUAUCUGGAAUGACAAGGCAAAGAAACAACAUUUAAAGUUGUGAGAAGGAAAAUAAACUAAAUAAAAUCCAGCUUCAGUGGCACGGUUGUUCUCUUUUAGUCAGAAAAUUAAACUUAAUCAGCAAUGCCUACCUGGAAUCAGAUUCAGCAGCAGCUUCGGAACCCCAAUAAUCCAGUGGUGUUCUUCGACAUCACUGUGGGGCAGACGGAGAUUGGCCGAAUGAUAAUGGAAUUGUACUCUGAUGUUUGCCCCAAGACGAGUGAAAAUUUUCGCCAGUUUUGCACAGGAGAAUAUCGCAAAGAUGGUGUUCCUAUUGGAUACAAAGGUGCAAGCUUCCAUAGAGUCAUAAAGGACUUCAUGAUCCAGGGAGGUGACUUUGUGAGGGGUGAUGGAACAGGAACGCAGAGUAUAUAUGGACCAAGCUUCUCAGAUGAAAAUUUUCUCCUAAAGCAUGAUGGCCCUGGGCUGCUGUCUCUGGCCAACAGUGGAAAGGACACCAAUGGCUGCCAGUUCUUCAUUACAUGUGCCAAAUGUGAUUUUCUGGAUGGGAAGCAUGUGGUAUUUGGUCGGGUUAUAGAGGGGUUGCUGGUGAUGCGCAAGAUUGAGAAUGUUCCUACUGGACCCAACAACAAACCCAAGAUCCCUGUUGUUAUAUCACAGUGUGGACAAAUGUGAAAAAAAAAAAAAAAACUAACAUGAAAAAAAAAAAAAAACUCCAUUACUUUAUUUUACUACAGAUGAUGAUAAAGAUUAAAGGAGAAUGUACUCUAGUGAGAAAUCAGAAGGGAAUUUGAUAGUGUGCAUUAAGUUUGAGUAAUAGAAAUCCUCAGUACAUGAAUUUGGCUCAAAUCUGUGUUAAAAUAAUGAACGUUACAUUUAAGAUGACAAGAUCAUUUCUGUCAAUAUGCUUUUGAUAUUGACAAAAGUCCCUGUCUUCAAUACCAGAAUUUUUUUAAGGCUUCAAGUGAAAUUCUUCAUCAUAAGAGUUGAAUAUAAAAACAAUAAAUCA